CUCAUAGCAGCAGCACAUGCUCUCAUGACCGUAAACUCAACUGCAGUCCCCUUUCCACAGGGCUUCUCCAGGUUUGCAGCUUGGGCAGUAUGUGACAGCACUUAUUUUCAGCAUUUUACACCAGCUCUUCCUUCUUUAUAUUGCCCUAACGUGGCGAAGGGACUCUAAAUUGAUACUGUUGGUUUUUCAAACUCUUACGCUACAAGCUGGUGUAAUCUAAAGAAUUUGGCAUCAUUCUAGGAAGACACUCUAGCCAGAAAAAAGACAAAGGUCAAAGUAAGAACUGCUUAAGUCUAAAUAGGAUACCAGACUUAAUAGGAUUUGCCAUAUCUGAGCAACCAAUGGUCCCUCUUUUUUUCCACAUUGUAUUCUACCAGUGUCCACUACUAAGUUAUUCAGAUGAAGUCUAGAGAGAGAAUCUUGUGCCAGCAAGUAAGAUAGCUAUGAACUAAGUUCAGAGGGUUGACUGUAUUGUCACCUUAUGCUCCUUAUCUUCUGGAGGGAAUAAGGUGGUCCUUAAGGAUGGUCCCUUUGUUUUACUCAAUCUCAUUUUUUUCUGUAUGAUAGGUUUCCCAUCUGUUUCUAUCUGUCCAAUUGCUGACACUAACUUGGUGUCUGGAGGGCUUUCUAGAUCUAUCUGAACAUAAAUCUGUGUUCUGUAUAGGCCACCCAAAGAUGUCAGCAUUCAGAGUACUAGUUUCUUGCCCAAAGAAUGCCUAUCUGCUGCAUUAUAUAGCAAGAAUCUGACAUAAUGUAGUCACACAAUACAGUCCCGCAUUUUGCCGACUUUCUUUGAGGUGUCAGUAUUUCAAUGGAAACCCUGCUUUUCACUGAAUAUUGAUAAAUGCCACAGUGGAACAGUGAUUUUGGUGGGAGUUGGGAAAAUUGCAAGGUUUAUUUUAAAUUACAUAAAAGCCUGGCUGUAUUUUCUCCAGACACUACACAGUUUGCACUUUUUUCAUUAGACUGUUUUUGAUAAUAGGGUCCUUAAAGCACAUGGAUUCUGGGUAUAAAUCUGUUUCAUCUAGGUUUCAUAAAAUUGAGGUUCCAAGUAAAGACAAUGUUGUUAACCACUAUCGUAAUACUCAAACAAAUAAAAAGCAAAUAAGGUCAUUUUAAAAAAAGUUGGUGGAGGGAAAGGAAUGAGAGAGAGAGAGAGAGAGCAGGGACCAACUGUGAUUGUUCUUUUCCAAGGGUGUAGAUGACAACUUAUACUCUUUGCAGGCAGAUAAAAAUAUUUUAGAUACUUCUUAAAAAAUUAUGAAAUAUGUACUUGGAUCAAUUUCAGGGUAUUUCCAUGCUCUGGAACCCUCCUCAGUAAAGGCAUGUUUGUUUUACCAACCUGAGAGGCAAAGGUGGUUCACUGAAAGACAGUUGGUGUAUGACUGCAGACACCUGUCAAAAUGAGGUCUCAGCCUCUAAUAUAGCUUGGGCCUAUAACGUUAAAAGUUUGAAAAAACAACAGUAUCAGUUGAUAGUCCAUCCGUCAAUUCAGGACAAUGUAAAGAAGGCAGGACUGGUGUAAAAUACUGAAAAUAAAUGUGUACUCUUGUAUACUGAAUUAACUGGAAGCUCUGGAGAAGCCCUAUGGACAGUGAAUUGCAAUAGAGUUUAUGGUCAUGAGAACAUAUGUUGCUGCUACAGGGCUACCCUGGGAUAAAGAAAGAUGUAGUCUGUGCAAAUUGUGCAACUGUAAAUUUGUUCUGUGUAUAAAAUGGCAACUGUUGAGGUAAACUGAAUGCCCCUUUAAAGGAUUCAAACAUUCCCCUUUUAAAACACAUUUUUUCCUUAGCUCAGUGAGAGCACCCAGUACUCAAGUAUUUUUCAUUAAGUAUGUAGGUUGAUUUAUAAAAUACACUCCUUAUGUGCUGCUUAAGUAUUUUUGCAACACACAAGAAUUUGAUGUUAAACAAGGUUCAGUAAAAUGGAUGUAACUAAACAAAUAGCAAGUAAUCUUAAUGACUAAAAGUAUAAGACAGUUGUGGAUGAAAACAAGAGACAUGUCAAAACUGAAGGGAAAUCAAUUGCAAUGUAACUAAUUGCAAUAGGUCGGGCCUAAAAAAUCCAAAACCAAAACAAAAAACCUCUUGCUCUCAAAUGUAAUGACUGUUGUAGGAAGAAGUCAGCUAGUGGUGAUAUGAAUCAGUAAAUGCUGCUGUUAGUGAUGUGACAUUCCAUAUUCUUGAGAUCAGAGCUAGUUUACUGCUAGAAAACUGAUUUCAGAAGUAUAUGAGAAGCUCGUUAAGGUGGGACAACAGUGGGGAUUUCACUCUCCAAAGCCAAUCAUCCAAGUACGGUAGAAGGGUAUUUCUUGGAUGUGGUGCUACUACUAUCAGAUAUCUUGUGAAAACUCUUAGGUUGUAGACAAGUUAGCUGUCCCAGACAAGCAGCAGUGAUAGUGCAUACCUUUUUUUUUUUUUUAAAAUAGGGAAGUAGUGUGGCUAGAAAUCUUUUUUCCUCUAAAUUCUUGAGUUGGUAAUUCUAUUGCUUCCUAGCUGAAAUAAGGAAUCCACUUUCAUCCCUCAUUUUUUUUUCCCCAUGUGAGGUUGGUUCUUGCAGAGGGAUGGGGAAGGGGACUAAAAAGGGGGCAAAGACUAGAAUGGAACGUUAUAGUUAUUCAUGCAUAAGAUUACCUACAUUUAAGACUAUUUUAUGCAGGAAUUGUUUGGCAGAGAAUAAGCCCUUUCUUCAGCAUACAGCUCUUUAAAAGAGUUCUACAAGAGGCAGUGUCCAAGCAGCAAUAGAAUUGUCAUGUUUAGAGCUAUCCUAAUUUGAGUUCUCAUUAAUACUGGGUUAAAUAUUAAGUAUUAAAAAUGGUCCAUUCUUGGGCCCCUCCAUGUCAUUUUUCAAAGUGGGAUUUUCACCAUCUCCAUGACAACUAGAGCUGGCUGACAUCUUUGCUCUAAGGCUGAGCUCCAGAGUUCUCUGCCUCACUGCACACACUCAAGAUUAUUGCAGGAGCUUCUGCAGGAUUCUUAAAAUAUCAACUGUGUCUCUCUCAUUCUUCAUUGGCUCUGAGGUUUUUCCUCAAAACAACUAAACUUAAAAAAAUUAGGUUGGCUUUCUGAGGAGGGUUUGGAGAACAGCACCUUGCCUCCCCAUUCUCUCCAGAAAUGGCAGACAGCAGGCCACAGGAAUUCAGCUCCUAGCUAGCACGUGGGCAAGGUCCAUAUCGAGACAGUUGAGCAGAGUGCAUGGAAACUUCUUUCGCGGAGACCAGGCCAGAAUCAGCGUCAUUAAACUGGGGAUCAAGUGGUUGCUAAUGUGAGAAGACAACAUGCCAUUUUGAAGUAUGACAGAAGUCCUGAUGCUGCAGCAGAGGCUAGGAAUAUUAAUGGCCACAUCUAGAGAUUACAUGGUCUUCUAAAGAAGCCAUGGGUAGCUGCUGUAGCUGUCCAGAUAAAGAGACUGUCCCAGACAACCAUCGAAACAAGUUUAAGGUCAUUAAUGUAGAUGAUGAUGGUAAUGAACUGGGUUCUGGCGUAAUGGAACUUACAGAUACAGAGCUAAUUUUAUACACCCGUAAACGAGAUUCUGUAAAAUGGCACUACCUCUGUCUCCGUCGCUACGGCUAUGAUUCAAAUCUCUUUUCUUUUGAAAGUGGUCGACGAUGUCAAACUGGACAAGGAAUCUUUGCCUUUAAGUGUGCUCGUGCAGAAGAACUAUUUAACAUGCUACAAGAGAUCAUGCAGAACAAUAGCAUAAAUGUGGUAGAAGAACCAGUAGUAGAAAGGAAUCAUCAUCAAACUGAGUUGGAAGUUCCAAGAACCCCUCGAACACCCACCACUCCUGGGUUCAGUGCACAAAGUUUACCUAAUGGGUAUCCCAGAUAUCCCUCUUUUGGAGAUGCUUCAUCACAUCCUUCCAGCAGACAUCCCUCUGUAGGAAGUGCACGGCUUCCUUCAGUAGGUGAAGAGUCAACACAUCCAUUGCUUGUAGCAGAGGAACAAGUGCACACCUAUGUCAACACUACUGGUGUACAAGAGGAAAAAAAAAAUAGAUCCAGUGUGCAUGUACCGCUGGAAUUAAGGCUUUCUACUGUUGAAACAAGCAAGACAACAGAAGAUCAAAAUUGCACUGAUGACCGAGAUGCUCAGGUUCUUCUGGAGCCUGAAGGAGUCAAAUUUGUUUUAGGACCAACACCUGUUCAAAGACAAUUAAUGGAAAGAGAGCAACUGGAGCAACUUGGGAGAGAACAAGUUAGUGGCAGCAGUACAAACACCUCUGAAUGGGACACUGGGUACGACAGUGAUGAACGUAAAGAAACACCUUCUGGUAAUAAACUAGUGUAUGAAAAUCUAAAUAGGUUAUCAAUCCCUAGUGCCUCAGGAGUCAGGAGAGGUCGUCUGACAUCAACAAGUACCUCAGAUACCCAGAAUAUUAACAACUCUGCUCAAAGGAGAACUGCAUUGUUAAACUAUGAAAACUUGCCAUCUUUGCCUCCUGUUUGGGAAGCCCGCAAGCUAAGUAGAGAUGAAGAUGACAAUUUAGGACCAAAGACCCCAUCUCUGAAUGGCUACCACAAUAACCUAGAUCCAAUGCAUAAUUAUGUAAAUACAGAGAAUGUAACUGUGCCAGCAAGUGCUCAUAAAGUAGAAUUUACACGACGUCGGGACUGUACACCAACAGUCUUUAACUUUGAUAUUAGACGUCCAAGUUUAGAACACAGGCAGCUCAAUUAUAUACAGGUUGACUUGGAAGGUGGCAGUGACUCUGACAACCCUCAGACUCCAAAAACUCCUACCACUCCACUUCCACAAACUCCAACCAGGCGCACAGAGCUGUAUGCUGUGAUAGACAUUGAAAGAACUGCUGCUAUGUCAAGUUUGCAGAAAGCACUGCCACGAGAUGAUGGUACGUCUAGGAAAACUAGACAUAACAGUACUGACCUGCCUAUGUGAGCCCAGGAAACAUUAAAUCAUUUGCACCUUUUGUGAAGUUUAUAAAAUUGAAGAUGCAAAUUCUUCAUGUGCAUUUUUUAACACUAAUGCCUUUUAUAGAGUAAUAGACUUUUUCUGAAUACUUCAUGUGCUUGUCUAACAAAAGGGAAAUAAUGUAGAGCAGGUACUCAUUAAAUGACACCAUUUUAUUCUACAGUAAUAGUAAUUGCUGUGUAGAAGCAUUGCCACUUUUCACAGUGCCUCUUUAUUUAGUUAGAGUUGGAGUGACUGCCAGUCCUGAAGUUAUCAAUAUUCUGGCCAUGUGCCUAUAAUCAUUAAUGGCAUUUGUAACAUUUUAUAAAGCCUCUUGAUGUGCAUUACUAGCUGAUAGCCCUAAUCUUGCAAGGUUGAUAUUUGUACCUUCACUCUCUUCAUUCAUGUGGCCUCCUCCAAUAUGAGAAGUGUGAGUAAUUCAUUAUUCAAUCAGUUUGACUUACAUGAUAUAGUUUGGCUCAUGUAUAAACACCACGCUUCCUCGUAUGUACGUCAGUUCAUUUUUUGAAGUCAUUUGGACAAGCUUCAGAUUCUUGAAGGUUUUUUUUAAUUUCUGUAACAUUGAGGGGUUACAUCAAGUUCACUUGGUCAGAGCUGGAGUUGGGUCUGAAAUAAGCCAUAAGUCAUUUCCCCUAGAAAAGGUUUCCAAGUGAUAGUACCAGAGCAGUUUUACAGAAUUUUAAUCUGAGUUUUCUGAAGGAAUACACAGGUUGGUUGUAUCUGUGAUUUUAAGGUGUUCUUUAAUUUCAUAGUUCUGCUUACCUUUCCAUCUUCAUGUGUGCGAUGUCGUCUUUGAUCUAUUCUGUAAUGUCUGUAGGUUAAGAAUAGUCAAGUUUUUGUGCAUAAUUUUAAUUAUUGUUUAGGAUUUUUAUGUGUGUUGCUCCUAUUCAGUCUGCACAUUGUCAAAGAAAAAUCUCUUGAAGAUCCAGUGGGAACUUUUUUACUUAAUAAGGUUGCCUUUGUCCAGUGUUUUAUUGUUUUACUUUUUAUGUCUGACAGAAACAUCCCAAAAGUGUUUGUUAGUGUCCAGCAGCAUACAGCAUUGCACAAGUGGAAAGGUAUAUUAUGCAUUUUUGUCUUCCUCUGAAGCAUCAAAUAUAGGUCACCAUGGGAGACAAGGUAUUUCAUUUGGUAGUUCAAUGUGACAAACCCUAAAUUUACAGUGUGGAUCUGUAGUUGAUGCACUUGGAUUUAGAGAGAAUUAGUUACUUACAAUAUGUAGAGAAGUUUUUGAAGGUAAUAUCUAUGGGCAUACAUAUUUUCCCUUUUGCAGCUAGUUAACUCAGUUACUCUAAUGGCUUAACUGCUGAUUGAUGUUAUGGUACAUCCAGGUAGAAUGCAUCUGCUGAACAUGCCAGGUAUGCCCUUGACAGUCCCUUGUUCUAUACUGAAUAUUAAUAGAAUUGAGAUCAGUACAGCAGGUGCAGUGCAGGAUCAGAAAGAAAACAGAUUAAGGCUUGAGCCUGUGGAACUGACCAUUAUGUGGACUGGUGUAAUGUACAAUAAUCCUUGAGCUGUGGGCGAGAAAAAUCACAUGCAAGAAACCCGAGGGGGAAGAGACUCAAAAAAUGCUUAGGGUCCUCAUGUAAUAUUUAAAUUGAGCUUUCAUUUAAAACAUAACACUAUUUCCAGUCCUUUGAAUUGUGUGGAGGGUGUUCCUGUUUUCUUAUUAAAUUUUCCUUUUGUCUUCAGCCAGAUAAAUAGUAGGAAGAGUGUUAGCUGAAAUACAUUUUUCCUGUUCACACCAGUGAGAUAAUGGCAGCCUCAUUUAUAUAGGUCAGGCUUUUUUAUCCUGAAGGAUUUCCAGUGUUUUUUACAAAUUUUAUAAUACUGAAAUGCAUCCAGGCGCACAAUCAAUACACUUCACAGUAGUAAGGGAACAGGCAUCUUAGUUGAGACAAUUGUAAGAAAACUUCACUGAAAACUUUUCCAUAAUCAUUUCACUAUUAGUCUGUGCACUUGUAUACAUUUUUUUUGUGAUUUAGGUGCUCGAAAAGGUGAGGGUCUAAUAGCAUUCACUAGAAUCAGAGGUAGUGCAAAUGCAUGGUGCUAUAAGUGUCCCUUGCUCCGCCCUGACAUUGCACCGCUGUCAUGAUUUGCAACACAUCAUGCAUAUACUAAUCCUGGGUCUGUCUUGAAGCGUUAUUACCAAUUGUUGCAAACUGUGUGGCGGAUGUGUGAAGGUGGGCUAGGAACUAGAAUCAGACCAACAAACUCUCGCUAAUUUGUAAACUAAGACAAGAUUUCAGCAUACAUUUCAAGCAGCUAAAAGGCUAGAACACUUAACUCACCAGCUAUCUUAUCUAGAGAUUUAUAUGGCCCUCAUCACCAUAAUAUCGGAGUGUCUCAGUCAUUAAUGUAUUUUAUCCUCAAACACCCUGUAGAGUAAGGAAGUACUGUCCCCAAUUUAUGGGUGUGGGAACUGAGGCCCAAGUAAGCUUUACAUGACUUGCUGAAGGUCACAUAGAAAGUCUGUGGUUGAGCCAGGAAUUCAACCCCGCUCUCCUGAGUUUUAGUCCAGUGCCCUGUCCACUAAAUCAUCCUUCCUAUCCAACACCUACCAUGGACCAUUCAGAAUAACGUUGUUGCCAACUCUUGCAAUUUUAUGAGUGUUGUAAUAUUUAGUGUUUUUCUUAAAGCCGUAGAUCCUGGAGUCAUGUGAAUACUGCAAAAAUCUCACUUUUUUUCUCUUCUCUUCCCUUCCCUUCCUGCCCAGAUAAAGCUAAAUUUCUUGCCCUUGGGGAGAAAAGAUUGAAAAUGUGAUCCCUAAAGGAUCAAAAACCAGAAGACAUCUAAAAAGAAGCCAAAUCCAAUCUUGAUUUUUUUUUUUUCUGAUUCAUGAUUUUUGAAUGCUUGGUGUUGGCCAAUGUGCAACCCACUGAGCUGUCCCUCCCCUUGAUUAAGUAGGAAUGAGAUAGAAACUACUCAGUACAUCUAUGGCAUUGUUUUUAUUUAAUUUUCCCAUUAAGUAGUUGCACUUUACCCUUAGAGACUUGGUUGUAUCUUAGUCUCUUUAGAGUUGUGAUGUUAGAUUCACUAUCUGCAGAUCUGGGAUUCAGUUUUUAGCAGAAAUUUCUCAAUUGUAUUUUUAAGCAUCUUUAUUUUGGACCCACAAGUGUACAAAGCAAGAUGCAACAAAUAUGUAACAGUUUAUUGGAAAAUAACUGGCCUAAUAUGUGAAGACUACCUAACCAAUGCCCACAAAAGUGGCAAAAUUUCUUUUAAUUCUGUUGUUUAUCCACAGUGUGCAGCUGGCCCCUGCCUUUCAGGCACAUGACAUAUUCCACGCUACUAAUCCUCCAGUGUGUAAAGCCUUUAAGCUAGAAAUUGCUCCACCCAAUGCCAUGACUAGUAAAAAGUGCAGUGUGUUCAUAUAUUAUACUACUUUUCAAGUAACUGCUCUAACCAAUUCUUAUUUGCAUAUAUAAAAGAAUAUUAGGAGGCACUGUCCAGGACUCCAUUGUUAAUGUUGCAUUGAAAAUGCAGUUAAAGUGGGAAUUUAAUCCAUUGAUUACACAAGGAAAAAUAAGUAUUUUCUUACCAAUUUGAUACUGCAUACUUAAGAGGUGCAGAAUUAUAUUUUGUGAAAGUUUUUUUUCAGUGAUUCUAUCAAAUACAUUUAAAAAUGACCAAUUCUGAAAAUUUUGAUUGGCUUUAUAACGUUCUUUUGGUUUCUCCUCAGUGAAGUGUCUAAAUUAAAAAAUUGUACUCAUGUCCUGAUAAUGUAUUGAGUAUAUGGCAGGUGUUGAAUAUAACAAGUUACACAAUAAGGCCUUAAUCUUGCUCUCAUUUAAAUCAAUAACAAAACUAUUAUCUUCAGUGGUGCAGUAUCAGGCCCCCAAGUAUUUAUCUUUACAUUUUGCACUUAACUACUUAAAUGCUGAGAUAUUUGACUGACAGUGUGUUCAGAUUUCUGACACAGAAAGCAUUUUACUGCAACAUAGAAUGCAGUUGAUCUGGGUCCUGAAUAUCAUAUCUGUGGCCCAGACUAAGAUUUCAAAGCAGGGACACUCUGUGGCCCAGCUCCCUGCAACAGCUGCAUGAGCAGCUACCCCAGUAUUGUUCCUUGGAGCCUCAUUUCCGCCUGUUCAAGAGCUAGUCUCACCCUCCCUCGUGUUUGAUAAUCCAUCACCCUUCACCCAGUCAGGCUUUCAUAUUCACUCAAAGCCCAGACAGGCACUGAAAGAAAUGGAGGCAUCUACAUGCAAGUCAUUUAACUUAAGGUAAAUUAAACAGUACUUUCAUGGGCAUGACAACUUGAAACUGUUACCUAAGUGUAAGAGAGACAGAGACAAAUCUCCUUGUGUAAAUCAACAAUUGGUUUCAGUGGAGUUAUGCCAACCUAUGCCCACUGAAAAUCCAGCCCAGAAUAUUCAUAUUGAUGUCUGGGGUAGAUCCAUUUUGCCCAGGAUGAGGCAGUAUCAGUAGAGGACAGAUUGCCUUUGCCGUCUUUCACUUCAAUUAAGAGUAGGACUGUCAAGCAAUUAAAAAAAAAAAAAAGUAAUCUCAAUUGUGCAAUUAAAGAAUAAUAGAAUAUAAUUUAUUUAAAUCUUUUUGGAUGUUUUCUACAUUUUCAAAUAUAUUAUUUCAAUUACAACACAGAAUACAAAGUGUAUAGUGCUCACUUUAUAUUUACUUAUUAUAAAUAUUUGUGCUGUAAAAACGCAAGAAAUAGUAUUUUUAAAUUCACCUCAUAAAAGUACUGUAAUACAAUCUCUUUAUCAUGAAAGUUGAAUUUACAAAUGUAGAAUUAUGUAUAAAAAAUAACUGCAUUCAAAAAUAGAACAGUGUAAAACUUUAGAGCCUACAAGUCCACUCAGUCCCACUUCUUGUUCAGCCAGUCACUCAGGCAAAGAAGUUUGUUUACAUUUGCAGGAGAUAAUGCUGCCCGCUUCUUGUUCACAAUGUCACCUAAAAAUGAGAACAGGCCUUCGCAUGGCACUAUUGUAGCCGGCGUCGCAAGAUAUUUAUGUGCCAGAUGCGCUAAGGAUUUAUAUGUCCCUUCAUGCUUCAAUGACCAUUCCAGAGGACAUGCGUCCAUGCUGAUAACGAGUUCUGCUUGAUAAUUAUCCAAAGCAGUGCAGACCGACGCAUGUUCAUUUUCAUGAUCUGAGUCAGAGGCCACCAGCAGAAGUUUGAUUUUCUUUUUUGCUGGUUCAGGUUCUGUAGUUUCCGCAUUGGAGUGUUACUCUUUUAAGACAUGCUGCACACCUCAUCACCUUCAGAUUCUUAAACCUUGGGUUGAGUGCUGUAGCUAUCUUUAGAAAUCUCACAUUGGUACCUUCUUUGCAUUUUGUCAAAUCAGCAGUGCAAGCAUUCUUAAAACUAACGUGCUGAGUCAUCACCCGAGACUGCUAUAACAUGAAAUAUAUGAUGGAAUGUGGGUAAAACAGAGCAGGGGACAUACUGUUCUUCCCCCAAGGAGUUCAGUCACAAAUUUAAUUAAUGCAUUAGUUUUUUAACAAGCGUCAUCAGCAUGGAAGCAUGUCCUGUGGAAUGGUGGCCGAAGCAUGAAGGGGCAUACGAAUUUUUAGCAUAUCUGGUAUGUAAAUACCUUGCAAUGCUGGCUACAAAAGUGCCAUACAAACGCCUGUUCUCACUUUUGGGUGACAUUGUAAAAAAGAAGGGGGCAGCAUUAUCUCCUGUAAAUGUAAACAAACUUGUUUGUCUUAGUGAUUGGCUGAACAAGAAGUAGGAAUGAGUGGACUUUGUUUUGUUUUUGAGUGCAGCUAUGUAACAAAAAAAAAAUCUACAUCUGUAAGUUGCACUUUCACUAUAGAGAGAUUUCAUUAUGGUACUUGUACGAGGUGAACUGAAAAAUACUGUUUCUUUUGCUUAUAAUUUUUACAGUGCAAAUAUUUGUAAUAAAAAUAAUAUAAAUUGAGCACUGUAUACAUUGUGUUGUGUUGUAAUUGAAAUCAAUAUAUUUGAAAAUGUAGAAAAACAUCCACAAAUACUUAAUAAAUUUCAGUUGUUUAACAGUGCUAUUAAAACUGCAAUUAAUUGUGAUUUUUUUUGAGUUAAUUGUGUGAGUUAACUGCAAUUAAUCGAGAGCCUGAAUUAAGAGAGAACAAGUUUUCAUUGAAUUAUUACUACAUAGUGUGUGAUGUUGCAUCCCUGAUGUGGAGCUCUGUUUCUUAACAGAACUACCUGCUUCAUAUAAGGUGGAAUCUGUAGUAGAACUCCCUAUCUGCACUGUACUGUGUUAUUUAGGUCUGCAAAUAAAGAUGAAUUUGAGGAAACAUACUGUAGAAACUGGCAGUGGAUCUAAUUGGUUUCUUAGAGGAAAAUUUAUUUUCUCUCAACCGUCACUAGAAGAGGCUAAGACAAGUUUUGAGCCUCCAUGUUGGCUGAUAGAAAUAGAUUUUGGCAUUUAAAUGUAGUUUUUUUCCAUGAAUAGCAAUUCAGGCAUUCAAAUUUGACAGUAUUUAUUUCAUUAAAAUAUUUAAUCAAGCUCAUGUAAGAUGUGUUCAUGUUGAAUUCUUCAUUUACAUUCUCAAAAACAAACAAACAAAAAGCCAUGGGGAAAUUCCAGCACAAAAAACUGCGUUAACAUGGAGCUAAGGCCGCUGAUGUCCAUUCCUAAAUAGUACUCCUUAAAAAGAUAGGAAAUCUUGAGUUAAGGUUCUUUCACAAUCUUUAGAAAUUAUUGUCUCUUCUAGGCAACACACACAUAAGAUGAAUAGGAAAUUUAAAAUUUACAUAGCAGACUUAACUCUGACCAUGCAUAUGUUAAUGUUGCUUGUAAUUAUGCUUUAAAUAUGACUUCAGACAUUUGUCAGAUGUAUUAUUAGGAUAUUUCCUAACAUUGUUUAAUCCAGUUUAACGCAGUAUUUUGUGUGGAAAUAUGUAGGUAUAUAGGUGGAAAUAUGUCUGAGAUAUCUUUAAGUCAUGAAACAAGUAUUGGACAUUUUUAUAUUUUUUAUAUAUUUACAAAGGGCAUUUAAAAAUUUUCUUGCAGUUUUAGUAAUUAUCUAGUGUGAUAAGACACACAUUGUGACAAAGUUUUCUGAUAUAUCCAUUACCUUGGUGUAUUUCUAUUUAAUGUAGCAAAUAUGUAUAUAAACAAAUGAGAUGAUGUAAAAAUAUAAUUAAAAAUUAGGUUGUAUGCUCGUUGGGGCAGGGACUAAGUCUUCCUUUGUGUUUUGUAAAGAGCCUAGCACAAUGGGACCCCAGUGCUGACUGGUGUCUGAGAAUUACAGUGAUAAAAAUAAGAGAUGAUGAUGUAGGGGCAGAACUUCAUCUUUAUUUGAGAAGCAUGAGUACUAAGGUGUUGUGAAGCUCACCUUUCCACUCCCUGAUUCUGGGGGCCGCUGUGUGCCUGGCCCAGGAACAUUCCUCCGCAUCAGCUGCAAACCAGCCCAAAAUCACAGUGAGUGAAUGAUAGAGCAUAGGGGUAUAUCAACCAUGCUCCCAUUCCUCUAACAACAUCCUCUGUGCUGGCAGCAGAGGUGGGGGUGUGAGGUAGGAGCCUCUCUGUGGAUUAUUUUUGUACUGGCGUGAUCUUGAGCUGGAUACACUCUCUGGGCCCGUUGAAGCCUGCAGAAAGAUUUCUGUUGAUUUCAGUGUCUGGACCAGGUGCUACCUGAUCAGAUUCGGCUGGCAGUGAGUGCAAAAUGGCUGCACUAUACCAGAAGAUCUGGCUGAUCAAGCUAUUCAGGAAUGGCCUAAAAAUACUGUAAAAAUAUAAAUAUAUUUAAUUACCUAUACUUAAAAAAAAAUCCUAUUUGUGGUGGCCAGAGUUAAAAUUACUAUAUAAAUUUUUAUUUGUCAUACAUACAUGUACAUUGAUUGAGCUGUUAUGUAUGAAAGAGUGUGAAAGAAACAGCUCAGGAUUGCUUGUAUUUUUAAUGCUAGGAAUGGACAUCAGCAGCCAUGACUCCAAAUGAAUGCAAAUUUUGGCAUUGAUUUGUGUAAGGGUAGAUAUGUAUGCGCGCACACACACGCACACACAGACAGACACACACACAUAGGUACUAACUUUGUACUUUCCCUGAAGUUGCCAAAUCUUUAACAGACAUUCUCACUUGUAAGAUAUUGGUACUUAAUUACUGAAUGUAUAGGAUAUGUUUCUGGUUUGAAAAGGAAAAUUAGUGUUGUAUGGUAUCCCACAAUACAGUGUGUCCCAACUAUAAACAUUGCCUUUUUUUUGCAUGUAACACCUCAUUCUGUAGUUGCAUCACCUAGGACUAUUACUUCUGAACCAUGGUCUGCAUCUUAACUAAACUGCAAAUUUGCAAUUACAGUACAGCUGAAUACAGCUCUAGCAUGAAAGCUGACUGGUAGUAAUAGUACAGCAGUCACCAUUGUGCCACAAAUGCAUUUAUUAAAUGCAGAAAUAUAUAUUUCUAUAAAGGCCAAAAUCAUGUUUUUAUGUUCCUUUAUUGUCAUUACAUUGUAUGAUAUUGUAAGAUUAUUUUAUGUUCUAAUUUGCAUUAUAAAAUGUUUUUUCCUACUUAAAGGCGUAAAUAUAACAACUUUGUAUAAAGGUAGCUUUCUAGAUUUUUAUUUCUUAUGAAAAGUCUAAAUAGUGGGAGUACCAUUGCCAAAUUGUUUAUACAAUUUCUAUGAACUUUGCCCUGUUUGGUUAAUCUUUUACAGACAUUCCAUGUUUCUUUUUAUGAGAAAAUUGACACUUUCUGCAUAGUACAGUAUUUUUAUGCUGUUCCAAAUCAGCAUAUUAGAAUUUUAUUUUAAUUUUUGGUUUGCAUUUUCAUUACUGAUAGCUUACCAAAUGUUCAUUUUUAAAAAAUGUAUUAUGUAAUGUUGACAACAUUGUCAUCCUCCCUCAUCAGUGCCAACUUCAUUUUUUUAAAAAUUGUAGCAUGGCAAUAAAAAUGAUUUUACAUUGUA